CCUGCUGAUAAUAGACUUAGAUACGAUCUAAGAGUUUGUUUAUCUGUGAAUGUGUGUGCGUGUGUGUUUGUCUUGAUCUCAGACCUCAAGCUUUGUUAGUGCUUUUUCUAGAAUGGCUUCUUCGUCCCCUCUCCGAACGGCACGCCCCCAUCAGCCGAUGCCCCUAAACCCUCGGAAUGUGAUGCUCAACACCAAAUCCCUCAACUUCUCGCGCACGGCCUUGUCCGUGUUGGGCGGAGGCGUGGCCGGAAUCUUGGGCCUGACCUCCAUCCUCGGGUUCCUCUUCUACUUCGCGGCCUCAGGGCUCCUCGGCCUGGUGUAUCUAAUGCAAUCCUCUCGCUCUGACGGAAUGUUCUUCCUCUCCAAACAGCAACUAGUCACUUCCUACGUGUUUGAGAAUCUGUUCACCUACAUCCUCAUGUGGACUUUGGUGUAUGGAUGUGUUCACGUUUAUUGAUAUGACAAUUUUUCAUUAUCCUCAUGAUUACUUUGAUUUUUAUUAAAAUUGUUGUCAUUAAUUCA